UCGGUACAAUGGAAGGAAGGAGAGACGGCGCGCGCGUUUUCUGCCGCCCCCGCAAAGCACGAGCUGUGAGAGAGAGCUUCUGGCCCCGAAAUAGUGAAGGAAAAAAAAGAAAACGAAGAGGAGAGAGACCGGGGACUCCUGAAAGCCAGUGCAGUAUAAACUGUAUCCGCGAGUGCGUAGUGAAGACCAUGUGAAUAAUUGCAACCCUUUAGAGAAACUAAGAUAAAUAUUAUUAGGUAUAAGUAUACCAAUAGGCAGUAGUAGCGAAAAGUUUUAAGGACAAGAAGGAUCAGGCAAUGUGGAGCGCCGUAGCUCCAUGCGAGGAGGACACCCCUGCUCCAUCGGCGAGAUCAAAACAUAGCGCUACUCUCGUUGGAGAUCAUGUUUACCUUUUGGGUGGUCGCAAUGGGAAUCUACCCAUGAAAGACUUUUGGAAGUACAACUUAGUGACUGGGAAAUGGCAACAAUUGAAACCGAGCGGCGAGAAGCUGCCGUGUCUUCAAGAGCACUCGACUGUGGCUUACAAAGAGAGCAUUUACGUAUUCGGCGGUGAAGUCAGCUUUUCAGCGGGGACAGAGACACCCCUUUGGGUGUACGACAUCAAGAACAAUAGCUGGAAGAAGGUGCGGGCGCGGAAAGGCGUCGCGACGCCCAAGGGUCGCCGGGGACACAGCGCGUUGGUCCACAAGGGAUCGAUGCUCAUCUACGGGGGAUAUCAGGAUUUGCGAGGGUCGUGCAGCGAGCUCUGGGCAUUCCAUUUCGAGACGGAAUCCUGGCAUCUGGUCAGCUCUGGCCCUACGAAAGGGACGUCCGACACGAAUCCUCCGGCGAGACACAAGCAUUCCGCCGUGAUACACGAUGACGCCAUGUGGAUUUACGGUGGAAUGACCGAUCUUCAGGAAAGGUCCGAUCUUUGGAAAUGGGACACCGUUUCCGGCACGUGGAGCACCAUUAAGACGAAGAUCAAUCCAGGACCUUUGCACAGCCAUGCCGCUUGCAGAUUACCAUCUUCCAUGAUCCUUUUCGGAGGAGAAAGAGAUGGACAUUCCACCAACGAUUUGUGGAAAUUUAAUUUUGGUAAUGAGAUGUGGGAGAAAGUCAAUAUACUUGGAAUAAAGCCUCAACCAAGAGCGGAAACUAUAGCUUUCGCCGUUUCUGAGCUCUUGCUGAAAGAUCCAAGCGGUGUUAACACGCUGGAUUCUCGUUCGAAUCGCACAAAGGUGAGGACCUGCAAUUCGGCUGACAGAGGAGGAAGACAUUCAUCGUACUUCCCUAACAAUAGGAUCACUCCAUGCGAGCAAACCUUUGUCUUCGAACCAUCCAACGCCAAUUAUACGGAUGGUUCGGAACUCGAGAACGGCAACAAGAGCAACAAAGGAAGUUUCCUUCAAGAGAUCAGCAAGUUGUCGCAGCUCAACAUCUCCAGGAAAUGCAACUACAGCGUUUUAACUGGCUGCGCGACGGAGAGCACGGAGAGUCUUAUUAGAAACCAGAAGACAUCUCCGAAAGAGAUCGAAGAGACGGAAUUGAGCACUCCCACCAGAGGAACGAUGGUUAAAUCAAAGUCGGCUUACGUGAUUAAGAAGAAAUAUAGCGAUGCCGAAGGUGCACCGCAGAAGAGACGGGUGGAAUUCGACGCGACUGCAAUCAAAAUACCUAGGGAACCAAUUUCCGUGCCAAACUUUAGCCUCCUCACGCUUCCAACGCCGGUGCUCACGCCUGUUGAAGCCACAAGAUUGGUAUUCUUAGAUAACGAUGAGGAUAAUUUAGAUAAUUAUCAUUACGAUAACGAGUUUGUUACCUCUAAUUAUGAUAUAGAGACUAUAACGCACGUUCAGCCUUCGCCUUCACCUACAAAGGAGGAGACAAUCAUGGAUUCUUUUAAACCUCUCAAAAGAGGAGAAAGUUAUAGUUCGCAUCUAGCCUACGCGGAUAAUCCGCUUUAUCAGCACAUGAUCAACUCAACUUCCGGCAAGUUCUCCAACUACGAAGAGAACGUCUCUUCGACUUCCGAUUACUGCAGUAUAGAAACUGUUAAUCGGCUUUCUUCGGCCAGCAACUACAGCGUGAAAACUCCGCAAGAAGAACCGAAACGCAAAGAAGCGAGCUUCGGCUUUUGCAAUCCAAACUACCAAGGACCUGCAGACAAGAAAGCUCAGGAAGACGCGAAGAAUGCCAAUAACGAUCAGCUAGAGUUACAGAAUUUUAACGGAGUCAUCACGAAGAACACGCGUGUGUUUUUCAGGAAUACUAAUCGAAGCACUCGACCACCGAAGCAAUUGUCUUUGGCUAAGAAAGAGAGCAAAUCGAGGGCUGUGAGCGCUGGUAGAGUGGAACGAAAGAAAAUCCAACAAGAAGCCAAAACCAUCGAACCUUUUGUACCCUUGUACGUCUUCAUCAUCGGUGGCAAAGAGCACGGUCAGGUCACGCUGUUCCAAAGGCCACUCUCCAUCUGGAAGCUGAAACUCUUCUAAACCAAAGAAUACACAACAAACGUGUGCCAAAAUUAUUACAUUUUAAAAUUUACAAAAAAAUAAAAUAAACAAAGAGAGCAGAAAGGUUAGUGAUACAAUUUAGAGAAAAGGCAGCGAAUAAAUGAAGAGAGAAAAAAAUAAUACUAUUCAUGAAACUACAACAAUCUAAUUUUAUAGCAAUUGAUGGGUAAUUAGUAAUGGAAGGAAAGUGUAAUCUCUAGAUAGAUUUUGUAAUUUUUUACCGAACUUUCUUAAAAAGUGAGAUUCCGAAGUAUUUUAGAGGAAGCAUUAGAGCUGAGCGUAGCAAAAUUUCGUCCAAAUCAGAGAAUGUUUAUGUUCGUAUAUACGUCCUGAUUUUAUUUUUCUUAAUAAUGUACGUAAAUUGUAAUUUCGAAGAGGACAAAGACAAAGUACAAUAGUAUUUUUGUAGCGUUUAGUAAAAAAAAAGAGAACAAGAGAGUUAAAUAUUUACAUACAAACACACAACCAAUUACCGAUGAUUUCGAAUCGUGAAUGAAUUGUCGUAAUAUUUUCAGAGCUGAUAAUUCCCAUUUGAUAUAAUUCUUUCUAUAAUUCUAUUGUAUUUCAAAUGAAACUAAAAAAAUAUAAUAAUUUUAACGCAAAUUCGAUUGAA